AGAUUUUGAAAGAAAUAAUUAAUUAUUUUAAAAUUUGUUUGCAAACAAAUUAAUGCAAAUUUAGUGACGAAUAAAUGUAACAAUUUAAGAAGUGAAGGCGCAUAUUGGAAAAAAAAAAAUCAAUUUGUCUACAUCAUCAAGUUUUAGUUCAUUGUUCUGUUGGCCGUGGUUGGUUUGGAUUUAUGCAGAAAAAUGGCUUAGCCUUACUUCUUUUUAACAAACUAAACAAAGAGAUACAAGUGGAUGUGUACAAGAUAAAUAUAGAGAAAUGUCCAUAAGAUCAUCGGAAGGAUGCUUGCAGAAUAAAUUAUAAUUAUUGUAACAAUAUAUAUAAUAAGCUAUAACAAGAGCAAAUUUAGGUUUUUCAACUUGUUUGAUUUGUGCGGCGUGUGGAUGUGUUGAUCUUGUUAAAAAAAUGGCUCUCAAAAAAGUAAAAGGCAACUUUGAGCGUAUGUUUGAUAAAAAUUUAACAGAUUUAGUUCGUGGCAUACGAAAUAACAAAGAUAAUGAAGCCAAAUAUAUUUCACAAUGCAUUGAAGAAAUUAAGCAAGAAUUGCGUCAAGACAACAUUAACGUUAAGUGCAAUGCUGUAGCAAAGCUAACUUAUAUCCAAAUGUUGGGAUAUGACAUCUCUUGGGCCGGUUUCAAUAUAAUCGAGGUAAUGAGCUCUUCUAAAUUUACGUGUAAGCGUAUUGGCUAUUUAGCAGCGAGCCAAUGUUUUCAUCCUGACAGUGAGUUGCUUAUGUUAACCACAAAUAUGAUACGUAAAGAUUUAAAUUCGCAAAAUCAAUAUGACGCUGGAGUGGCUUUGAGCGGUCUAAGUUGUUUCAUAUCACCAGAUUUAUCUCGAGAUUUGGCUAAUGAUAUUAUGACAUUGAUGAGCUCAACUAAGCCUUAUUUACGUAUGAAAGCCGUCCUUAUGAUGUAUAAAGUAUUCUUACGUUAUCCUGAAGCCCUGAAGCCUGCAUUUCCUAAACUUAAGGAGAAACUUGAGGAUCCCGAUCCAGGUGUACAAUCAGCUGCCGUUAAUGUUGUUUGCGAAUUAGCACGCAAGAAUCCAAAAAAUUAUCUUCCCUUGGCUCCUGUAUUUUUUAAAUUGAUGACAACUUCAACCAAUAAUUGGAUGCUUAUUAAAAUAAUUAAAUUGUUUGGCGCUUUAACUCCUUUAGAACCCCGGCUAGGAAAGAAAUUAAUAGAACCACUCACAAAUCUUAUACAUAGUACCUCGGCGAUGAGUUUAUUAUAUGAAUGCAUUAAUACGGUGAUUGCGGUAUUAAUAAGCAUUAGCAGUGGUAUGCCAAACCAUAGUGCCUCUAUACAACUUUGUGUACAAAAGCUACGUAUUCUGAUUGAGGAUUCCGAUCAGAACUUAAAAUAUUUGGGUCUUUUGGCCAUGUCAAAAAUCUUGAAAACGCAUCCGAAAAGUGUGCAGGCCCACAAGGACUUAAUAUUGGCUUGUUUGGAUGAUAAAGACGAGUCGAUACGUUUACGUGCUUUAGACUUACUAUACGGCAUGGUCUCUAAAAAGAAUCUCAUGGAAAUUGUUAAGCGUCUAUUGGGUCAUAUGGAGCGUGCGGAAGGUUCCGCUUAUCGCGAUGAAUUAUUAUAUAAAGUGAUUGAAAUAUGCUCCCAAAGUUCAUAUUUAUUUGUUACGAAUUUUGAAUGGUAUUUAACGGUAUUAGUGGAACUAAUACAAUUGGAAGCUGGUUCCAAGCAUGGACGUAUAAUUGCUGAGCAAUUAUUAGAUGUCGCCAUUCGAGUGCCUAUAGUACGACAAUUUGCCGUCAAUGAAAUGGCCAACCUUUUGGACACAUUUAUUGUUUCAUCGCAAAGUAACUCAAUGUAUGAAGUACUUUAUGCGGCCGCCUGGAUAGUGGGAGAAUUUUCAAAUGAAUUGGAGAAUGUCGAGCCCACUUUAAAUGUAUUAUUGAAGCCACGUCAAGUUCCUGGCCAUAUACAGGGUGUUUUCGUGCAAAAUGUCAUGAAAUUAUUUACCCGCUUAGCCACCACUUACAUGGAAAAUGGGGACGUCAAUGGUUUGAUCACACUUUGUGAUCAAGUGUUAGAAAAAUUGCAAAGUUUUAAUAGUUCCAAUGAUAUCGAAGUACAAGAACGUGCCCAUUCUGCUUGCAUACUUUUGGAAAUGUUACGGGCACAAUUUGAUGCAUCAUCAUCAUCAUCUUCGAAUUAUACUUGCGUAGAGAUUAUUGAUUCUGAAGGUGCCGCGGAAGCCAAACAAUUGAAUCAUAUUUCAACGAUGGCUAUUGAGAUUGUGCAAGAGAUGGCUCUUCUAUUCGCUGGCGAACUUAUACCUGUUGCUCCCAAAGCGCAGCGUAAAGUUCCUUUACCUGAUGGUUUAGAUUUGGAUGAAUGGAUCAAUCCACCGCCAGAAGAUGAGAGCAGCAGUUCAUCGCAGGACGAGAAGGAGGAGCUUUUUGUCAGUUCUCUCGCUGCUUAUGAAGAGGAAGAAACGAAACGAAGAAAAAGCGAAGAAAUGUCGCCCGAACAAAUCGAACGGCAGCGCAUGCAACGUUUAAUUGAACAAUCGAAUAAUCCGCAUUAUUUAAAAUCAUUUCCCUCAAUGCCAGAAGUGGGUCAAAAUGCGAGACCCGCAAGUAGUAAUAACUCCCAGCAUAACGCCGAUCAAUACGAUAAUUUAGAUGAUAUACCUAUAACAGAACUAUCUUUAGAUAUUCCCCUUAAAGUGGGAGCGACUAAACGUUCGGAUCAAUACUUAAUGCAGGAGAAAGCUAAUGCAAAGGAAAAGAAAAAGCAUAAGAAGUCAAAAAAAAGUAAAAAAUCAAAAACUAAAACUAAUCACAAUUCCAGUACGGAAUCCGAAGAGGAACCAACACCGUUACAUGUAGUUAAUACCACUCUAGAUAUGCCCGAAGGUGUAGCUCUCUCAGACGGUGAAGAAAAAGAUAAGCAAUUUGAUCCAGAUGAUCCUCACAGAGCUUUGGACAUUGAAUUGGACAUACCUGAUUUAGAACUUCCGAAAUAUCGUUCUUCAAAAUCGCAAAAGAAAUAUAACCCUGAUGCCUUGGAAAAUGUCCCAAAAAGCCAAACUUCAAUGGAUUCUGCGCAUAAAAAGGAAAAGAAAAAAAACAAAGACAAAGAGAGUGAGAGGGAGAGGGAGAGAGUGAAAGAGAAAGAGAAACAUAGAAAAUCAAGCUCUAAAAAACUACAAAUAACUGAGGAAAUAAAUGAUAGUGCUAAUCUUUUGGGCAUCUCUUUGGAAGAAUUGCAAAUUCCAAGUGACAGUACCGUUAUUGAAAAUGAAGAAACCGUACGGCAAGCAAAAGCAAAAUUACACAAGAAGUCGCACAAGUCUAAUAAGGAUUUGAAAGACGUGGAUGUGGUAACUAGCACUAAAAAGAAAAAGAGCAAAACAACCGAAAAACAUGACAAUCGUCAUCACAGAGAUAAGAAAAAAUCUCAUAAAUCGUCUAAUCAAGAUUAUGAAGAAGCUGUGGGUAUAUCUACACCCAGUAAAGAAAUAUUUUAAGAGAAUUUUUAAUAUUCUUUUUAAUUCUUCUACGAUUUUUUUUUUUUUUUUUUUUUUUU